AUGGCUUCAACAAAAUGGGGUUCAGCUUUAAAGAAAGCAGCAGCUGAAUCUCGUGCUCAAGAAUUAACAUCAGGAAUUAAUCUAGCAGGACUGGACACUGCUACACCAGAAUUAUGUUUGAAAUUAAUUCGCCAACCGUCCGUUCAGAACUUUACAGCUCUGAAAAACUUUUUAUCGCGAUGCCAACAAACAUGGAUGAUUCAAUUUCUUGAAAUUGAAGGGCUAAAUGUUAUCUUGGAAGUCCUAGAAAUACUGUGUGAUCGCGGUAUCUCUAGUGUAAUCGAUGCAUUUAUUCAACUCGAAUGUGUUAACUGUGUCAAAGCCAUUAUGAAUUCGUCCGCUGGCAUAAAUUACAUCAUCAACCAUCGAGAAUCAUCACGAAUGUUAGUCAAAGCAUUUGAUUCCGGAAGUGUUAUGGUCAAAAAGCAAGUAGUCGAGUUGCUUUCUGCUGUUUCAGUUUAUUCAGAUGAGGGUUAUGAUAUGGUAUUGGACAGCUUGCAAACUUUUAAGGAAGAAUACCAAGAAAAAUCUCGGUUUAGCGCUAUUGUUGAUGAACUGAGAGAAGCAGAAGUAAUUUCGUAUCAAGUAGCUGUACUGGCAUUAAUAAAUUGCUUAAUUAUAGCAGCAGCCGAUUUUGAUCAAAGGAUUAUGAUCAGAAAUGAAUUCAUUAGUCUAGGACUAUUGGAUGUAUUAACUAAGUUAAGGUAA